CGCCUCUCGCUCUCUCCUCGCCGCGCCGACCACCGUUCGCUCUCGCACCAUCUGCAGCUCUGUUCCAGCCAUGGCCGCUCCAGCUCGCCGCGUCGCAAAGGUCGUCCCCGGCAAGACUGCCUUCUUCCUUUGCGACAUCCAAGAGCGCUUCCGCCUCGUCAUCCAUGCCUACCCGUCCGUCAUCCAGACCGCCGAGAAGAUGCUCAAGGCCGCCAAGCUCCUCGACGUGCCCGUCAUCGCGACCGAGCAGAACCCGAAAUCCCUCGGCGCGACCGUCCCGCUCCCCCUCCUCGACCUCCCCUCCCACCUGCGACCAGACUGGGUCCCGCUCGCCAAGACCAAGUUCUCGAUGGUCGUGCCCAAGAUCGAGAAGCAGCUCGAGGAGUGGGGGACCAAGUCGGUCGUCCUGUUCGGCAUCGAGAGCCACGUGUGCGUGCUUCAGACGACGCUCGACCUCCUCGAGCGAGGGAUCGACGUGCACGUCUUGGCCGACGGCGUCUCGAGCUGCAACCAGGAUGAGGUCGGCAUCGCGCUCAAGCGCAUGCGCGACGCCGGCGCGCUCGUCACGACGUCCGAGUCGAUCCUCUUUCAGCUGAUCGACGAUGCCGCCCACCCGGCCUUCCGCUCUCUCGCCGGCCUCGUCAAAGAGGCCAAGGACGACACCAAGAGCGCGCUCGAGCACCUCAUCGCCGGCAAGGGCUUCUAGCCGACGAGCUGGACGACGCAAUGUACAGAAACGUUUCGCAUUCG